AUGGUCUUCUUCACCGGUGUGGAAGGAUUCUUCACCCCGGCCUCUUCUUUCGGCCUCAUGGCGGGCAACAGAAUCCCUGCAACCCCCGUCACAUCGCGCAAGCCCGCCAACAUCGUUGCGCCUACGAUGGUGGACAUCAAGGUACAAGUCAAGGAGGGCGAGCCUAUCGAGGGCGCGAUGAGGCGGUUCAAGAUUGCUGUGAGCAAGUCCGGACACCUCAUGGAGCUGAAGCGACGCCGCAGGUUUGAGAGCAACAACGAGAAGAAGAUCCGUAAGGACAAGGAAGCCAAGCGCAAGCGCAGCCAGAUGCGCCGUCAAAGACAAAUGUAA